AUGGAGACAUCGGCUCCAAAGCGGCGCAAACUGUCGCCUGAGCAGUCCGUCGCAGUAAACAAUAGCAACCAAAACAAUGAUGCCGACGACAAGCCACGCGACGACCAUACAACCACCACCCCACCCGAUCCUCUUCCCACAGCGCCGCCCAGAUCUCCUGAGCGUCCGUCAUUCGCAUCACCCACGCGAGCAAGCUUAGCGCGUCACAACCCGGAUGUACUGGGACGAAGGCAGCCCGCCGGCCGCGGCAAGUCACCAGCGAGGGCAGACCCCAGCGCGUCGCGGCAACCCCCACCCCUAGACGACGCCGCUGUCAGACCGAAGGCGCCACUUCAGCACGAAUCAGCGUCCCAAAAUAUAACUGGCGACACUACCCAGGCGCCAGACGCGCCAGGAGGCCUGUUCGCCAAACCUCGACGUUCGCCAGUCCGGACACUUGCGGCGCCGGGAACCGCCCAAGAGCCAGAAGAACUCAACCCGUUCCAGGGACGGACCCUUCGACGAUCCUUUCCACGUCCUGAGCAGCCCGAGCCCGAACUACCGCAACCCCCAGGUCCCCCUGACCCAAUACUCAGCACGCCGCCGUCGGGCAUCCACAAUACGCCGUCGCAGCGCCCUCGUAGGAGCCGAGCGCUCGCCGAACGAAUCAAGAGCUCUUCCCCGACAAAACCCAAGCCCGCCCCGCCGACGCAGAUUUCCGACGACCAGCAGGGCCCCGCGUGGGACCUGCCAAGCAAGGGCAAGGUGCAACGUGGCAAGCAGGUUCUUGCUGGUGGCGAUGUCGGCAGCGCUGGCUCUGAACAAACACCCGCGCCUGCGGAUGCGGCAGAUUCGAGAGAAGAACGGGCACGUAGACGCGCCAUGCGCGGCAUCGAGGACACACUAGCAGAGGCGCAAAAGAAGAGGGAGCGGGAUGAACUACUGGCGGAAGUUGCGCGGCUUGAAGCGGAUGUGGAAGUGCUAGCCCAGGCGCAAAAUGGACAGGUCAGCAUGGACGGUGCGGUCAAGAAUGCCACUGCCGAUGUGUUGCGGCGGCAUCUACUCCCAAAGGAAGAGUGCGUAAGCAGCGGAGAAGGCGUCUUGGCAAGCGCUGCGCAGUGGCUUGAAAUAGCCAUGAACCCAAUGUCAUUCCUCCCUUUCGGCAACGCCGACUCUAGCCAACUACCUAUCCUUUUCGCUCCCGAAUCCCAGCAGAAGGACGAACAACCCCUACCCACGUCCCAUCAUCCCAUACCAAUGACCACAGAGGAGGAACUUCCCUUUCUGCAGGUCUUUACCCCGCUCGCCUUCACCUCCACCAUUGCCAUUUUGCCCCGGCCGUCCACAUCCGACCCGCUCCUGCAGCAGCACACCAUCUCGGCCUCGUGCACCACGCCACCGGGGCUCUUUUCCGCGCAGAUCUGCAUGACGGUCAAUGCGGCCACGCACCGCGUGCACUCGCUCUCCGUCCCGCGGCUGGAUCCUGCGGCGGCUCCGGAGCUGGCUGCCGUGGUGGCCGCCACGACGACGGCGGAGGCGGGCCGCGCGUGCCACAACAACGUUUGCGUGCUGGCGUGGGCCAUGGGCGAGUGGGUGCGCGUCGCGACGCGACGGGCGCGCUUCUGGCGCGUGCUCGAGUUGGAGCUCGCGAGCAAGGAGGCCAUGGCUGCUGCGGUCGCGAUGGCGCGAUCGAGGAGGAGGCAGAAGGGAGGGAAGAAGGGCGUUGGGUUGGAUGGGAGUCGCCAGUUGGGUCGGGACGAUGGAGAUGACGAUGGACAGCAGCAGCGGGAUGGCGAUGACGACAGCAGCGACUCGUUGGGGAAGAGGUCGGAUCUGCUGUCGCGCGCCGAGUUGCUGCCGCAUAUGGGGCGGACGGCCAUGGAGAUUGGCGUGCCCGUUGCGGUCGGCCAUGACAUGGAUGAGGCAUUCUGUUUAAGGAUACAGUGGCGCAUACGGUUCGACUGGACUGGGGAGGCGGAGAGCGAGGUGGAACUGUUGACUGGCGUCCCCGGUAAAUGGCGCAAAUCCGAUGAGCGUGGAAAGCUAUACGGCAUCCCGGAUUUGUUCAGAAAGCUGGUAGAGGGAGAUGGUGAUCCGAUCUCGGCAGUCAGGGCUGUGGUGGCGUUGCUGGCCGGGGAUGGUGCUUGA